AUGGUUCGUCCUACCAUGAGUGAGCUCGAGCUCAACGUGCUGCCCGCGCCCCCGGAGCGCAGCAUCAGCAAGCGAACCCUUGCUAGGCGCAUCAUUCACGAAAUUGGCCACGACAUUGCCGUCAACUGGACACGCUACUACCUCAUCUAUGUCUGCCUCGUGGCCGCUAGCAUCUUGACCGCCUCCGAAACCCAUCACUCGGCUCACCAUCUGGCGAUCACCAACGACUUGGUGACGGAAGGCUGGCUGAAGACGCUGAUCACGAUCGGCGACUGCAUUGCCCUUGUCUGCCACUACAUCCGCUUCCUCCUCCCCGCCUUCCUCGUCGCCGUCCGCUGCAGCGCCGAUUUUCAGUCCCCGCAGGGUCUCAUCGGCCAGCACCACCUCCUCACCGGAAUGCUCGGCUACUUCUUCGUGUCCUGUUUCACCGCGUUCUUGGACAAGUUCUCCCCGUCCCCCUCCAUCAUGCCGGCCUGGCUGAUGCAGUUCUUGUACAUCAUCUUCUCUUUCGUCAUGGUUGACCUCAUCCCCUACAUCUUCUUCACCCUCAUGAUGAUGUGGUUCCCGCAGAUGUUCUUGUACUAUUGGUUCCCGAUCAUCUUUGCCAUGGACAUUGUCAUUUUGGGGGUUAUCGUCAAGUUCUCGGAGGAUUUCUAUGGGGCCAUCACGCAGAAGUUUGAGAACUUUCUG